CGUCCGACUUUAGUUUUUCUCUACGACAAUGCAACGGUGUCUGAUGAUUCACGUAAAUGUUACGAACAAUUGAAAGUUGCUCUGCAUAGCCAACUUUUGGGCGUCGACAUUUUCUUUCUCAAUAUGAAAGCUGAUGUAGCCGUUAUACGAAAAAACGCUAGCAAUGAUGACGACGACGAUGCUGAUGAUAAUGAUGAUGAGAAACUAUUGGAAAAAGAACGUUUAUGUCGCUACAAGCUGCUAAUCAAUGUCGACGAAAUGAAACACGAUAUCAUUAAUGGAAAUAAUCACGAACAAGCACCGUUACUCGAACAGUGCCAGUGUUUCGAUAUUUUCUCUACUGUAUCGCCCUUCGAUCCGAUGGAAAUCAUGAUGAAACGACGAUCGAUCGAUCGUAUUAUUCUUUACGCUGCCGAACAUGAUUUACGACCAUCAAAAUUUGUGAUCAGUAUUGUUCAUGCAAGUAUUGAUACAUUUUUCGAUUUUAUUCUUGUCACCAACCGACGUUCACGUGAUGAAUGGAACAGAUUGCGCGACGAUGCAUUACAAUGGGGUGAACACUUUUUUCAGCAAUACCGGGACGCCGUCGACAGGAUUGGCGACGAAGCAAAUCGACGUUUGCCACAACGUUUCCGUGAGAAACGUAAAGAUAUUGAAAACAGAGCCAUGGCUGAUUGUGAGACAAGAGGCAUUGAGUGGAAUGAUAAGAUCGAUCACACUAUGUCGUCAAUAACCUCACGUUUGUAUGGGUCAAGAUUUAGAGUAGCUACCUUCACAGGAUUAAGGAAGUUCUUCAGAUCAAUGAAAAGCAUAAAUCGUGAUUACCUCAGUGAAGAGCAGAAAUUCAUCGACAUGGUGGUGGAAAGAGAAGUGACUAAGCCUGUCAUAUUGGACAUUAUCUCUCAAGAAAGUAGCCACAUUAAGCAAUCUGCGAAUGAAAAUUUCACGUGUCACCGUAGCAAAAAUGAGUUACUUCAUGCCGCUUAUCGAGAAAUGUGGAUAGAAAUAGGCAAUUUCGGCGAUAUUCAUCAUCUUACUGUUGGGCAGACUGUGCUGAAAGUAUUGAGAGGACUGCUACUUAGUUCUGGAUUUUUGAUAGAUUCUAUUAUUUUUACUCCUCCGCUCUUAGUUAUCUAUAUGCUUAGGAAACGUAGGUCUGAUGAAGCGGCACAGGAUGCAUUCGAUCGGCGAAAAAACGGAAUUCUUCAUUAUCUUGUCGAUCUUGAGGGUGUGCUGUCCACCAUGGGCGAUCACUUAAAACAAAACUUAAUUGAAUGGAUCACAAACGAGCAAAAGAAAUUCGUGAAUAAAGUGAAUGGCUACCAUAGAGUUGUCUGUCGCACCAUUGAAGAUCGCCAUCGAGCCUAUGAGUUGGCUCGCUCCUAUGCACCUAACUUUGCUCGUAUUGAAUGUCGCCUUGAAGCCAAUCUCAAUUUGGCCACACAUCACGGAUCUCGCCCUGUUAUCGAUCGGCAAGAAGUGUUGGGUACGGGCGGAUUUUUUACUGUUCAUCCGGCAUCGUGGGACACUGAGCAUAGACUAGUCGCCAAAAUACUACGAGAUCAUGGUAUCAAUCAAGAUUUGGCUUAUCUGGAAGCUCACUUUCAUCGUACUGUGAGCAAUUUAAAUAUUUUACACGUGACACCCUUGAAGUAUCUCUACGAAGAAAACGAUUCCUCGCUUUAUUUGCUUCUCCCUCGCUAUCCCACCGAUCUACAUUCGUUUCUCGUCACUCAUAUGGGACAAGUAACAGCAGACAAGGCUAUAAAGAUUUCGCACGAUAUUGCUAUCGCCAUCGCACACAUGCAUGCCUAUGAUCUUGUUCAUCGUGAUAUUAAAGUUCAAAAUAUUCUCAUCGACGAACAAGAACAAGUCUACCUAGCCGACUUUGGUACGUGCCAACAUGGGACAGAAAACAUCACAUUUGUCGGCUCGCGUCCAGUCGCACCCGAGAUCACAACAACACCAUCGUCCACCGCGGUCAGCUCGAGCAGUGAUCGUCAAUAUUCGUACCAAGGUACGACGGUCGACGUCUAUUUACUCGGCAUGAUCAUGUAUGCUUGUGCACCGAAAGAUAUUUAUAUUCCACCGUCUGACAUCACAUUCGACCAGUUACAUCUACUCGAUAGACGACGAGUUCCUCAACGUUAUUGUCAGUUGAUCGGUCGCUGUCUCAACAGAGACUCCAAGCAGCGUCCAACAGCCAAAGAAAUUGUCGACGAACUCGACGCAAUGGCCGAACAACUGUGUCUCAUCUGUCAGGAAGCACCACGCAUUGCGCGCUGUGAACCUUGUGGGCAUAAGACGAUGUGUGUCGUAUGUCUUACUCAAAUUCAACAGAGAAGUGCCCAGCCAAAAUGCAUUAUAUGCAAGCAAGUAUUCACAAGUGUACGAGAAGAUGACGACACGAACACGUUUUUCGCUACUGCAUCGAACUCUGCUUGA